AUGGUCAGUGAACUAAAAAAUAGUAUGGUGGACUGGCUCGAAAUUGUUGACAAGGCAGGCGGAGAAGCUGCAUGGGUUACCCAGCAAAAAAACUUCCCAAAGAGAACUGGCAGACUACAAAAACCAAAAAAUUCGGAUGAAAUAAUAGAAAUGAUUUUAAAAACGGAAUCCAUACAGAAGGUUAUAAGAGAGGAAUGUGCAAAACGGAAUACUACAAGAAAACUGUUAUCUGAUGAAGCAAGGCUAAUAUUACGCAACAUAACGCAUCAAAUGCAGUUGUUAGUUAUACGAUCAGUUGGCUAUGUGAUUGCAAAGACAAUCAGGAUAAUAUACAGUGGCGUUUAUUUCAAUGAUGAACAGUUAUUGCGAAUACGGGAAUAUUCUACGACUGAUCCCAUUAUUUUCAUGCCAACACACAGGAGUUAUAUGGAUUUUUUGAUUGUUUCUCUUCUUUGCUUCAAUCAUAAUUUGUCUCCACCAGCUGUUGCUACUGGUAUGGAUUUUAUGGCUUCAAGAUUUUUGGGUGAGACUUUGCGGCGCUGUGGAUCUUUUUUUAUGAAGCGACAAUUUGGAAAGGACAAACUCUAUUGGUCACUAUUUAGUAGUUAUGUGCAAAUGCAACUACGCGAAACUGAUAAUCCGGUUGAAUUUUUCUUAGAAGGUACUCGUAGUAGAUCAGGCAAAAGUCUUUAUCCAAAAUUUGGUUUGCUACAAAUGUGCAUGGAACCAUUCUUUCGGUGUCAGUUAUAUGAUUUGAUUGUUGUUCCAGUUACCAUCGAUUAUGAUAAGGUUUUGGAAGAAUUUCUGUAUGCUUAUGAACUUUUUGGGUUUCCGAAACCACAAGAGACGACAACGGAGCUUUUCAAAUCACGGGAAAUUCUCAGCAAACGUUUUGGUCAUAUUUAUGUGAAUUUUGGUGAACCAAUCUCUGUACGAAAAUACUUCAAUGGGAGGAUAAACCGCUGGUAUCCACCUUGGCAGGUCAUUGUGGACAAUAAAUUGUCAGAUAAGGAAAAAGAGGCAGUUAAGGACUUCGCGCUCCAUGUAAUACACCUACACAAUUCAAAUAGUACAAUAACUAUUUGGCCUUACACGUGUGCUAUCUUAUUACAGAUGAAGAGCACUAACCACCAGAAGUUAAUAUUUAGUAAGCUACAAACUUCUUUGGAAUACUUCGUUGCACUGAUUACAAGAAUGGGACGUCGAGUUAUAGUCAGAAGCAGCAUUACGGAUGAUUUGAGAUAUCAUUUGAAGUUGCAUUCCGAUCUGUUUGAAUGUGACACUUUGUUUCCUAAUUCACUAAUAAAACUGAGGCGAUUCAAAUGCGCCGAAAAUAAUGGUUCAAAGAAGAACUACAUGGAAGAAAUGUUGUGCGAAGUGGUUCUGUCACAUUAUGCUAAUCAAAUGAUGCAUGAUUUUGUCGAUGUAAGCCUGUUAUGCCAUGUGUUGUUGUCCAAUCAAUUGCCAUCAAGAUCAAAUCACAUAUUCCGAGAACUUAGAUCGUUAUUUGUUUACGAAUUCGUUUGUUCAUUGCAAGAGGAAGAGAUUGAUAAGUUGUUCAUGGAGAGUCUCAGUUGUUUGUUGCGAAUUUCAGCCAUUUCACUGAAUAAUGGUUGUAUUAUUGUAGAAGAUGAGCAGAUAUUAAAACAGAUUGCUUUCCUUAUGCAGUCUUUGGUACAGCUGGUGGGUAUUCAUUUUACAGAUGAUGUGCUUUUCAAAAAAUCGUUACAGCUUGCUGUAAAUCUAUAUGCUAAACAGCAAGAGAACAACACGCUCCAGUCAAUCUGUAUCACAUCGGAUGUAACUCGGAAUGCAUUAUCAGCAUUCUGCAGGUUCCAGACUACUUGCAGAUGUAGUGAAAAGGAAUAUACUGUUAACGUUUAUCGCUUGCAAAGAAUGAUGGAACUUCUGGAAAGCAUCACAAUGGCCGAUCUUCCUUUUGAUAAUCACUCGCUUGUUUCAAAAAUCUAA